AUGAGCACUGUUAAUGUCUUCAGAUACUCUGCUUUGGGAUUAGGUGUUGUUUAUGGCUUCACCCACCGUUAUAGCCUUAAGUCAGCUGCUUUGAAGAAAGAAGCCGAUGACAAGCUCAAGAACACUGAAAAAUUGAUUGCUGAAGCUAAGGAAGAGUACGCCAAGUUGAACAACAAGGGCAAAGACUCUAGCUCCACCGAUUUGUCAAAGAUCAACUUGGAUGACAAGAACUUGGAUUUUGCUAAGGUUAUUUUGGGUAGUCUCGAAACUUUGAAAUAA